AUGUCACUUUUCUCUAAACUAUCGCAUCAAGAACUCCUUCUACUCGCGAAAAGGAGCUGUGUGCCACCGCUGUUGCCUAACUUUCACAAGGGCCAAAAUGGACGUGUGUGCAUUAUCGGUGGUUGUGAAGACUACACGGGAGCACCGUACUUCAGUGCGCAUUCGGCCGCGCUGUUUGGUGUAGACCUUACGCAUGUGAUGUGUGAAUUGAACGCUGCUCCUGUGAUUAAGAGCUAUUCGCCCAACUUGAUGGUGCAUCCGUACUUGCGCGAGAGCGGAUCUGCGAGCAUGGACAAAAUUUGUGCGCUGCUGGAUAGAAUGCACGUGUGCGUAGUGGGACCGGGAUUGGGCCGGAACACCAGCAUGUUGGAAACGACAAUCCAGAUUUUGGAGUAUUUGGUGCAAAAACACGAGGGCGCGAUUCCCGUCGUGCUGGACGCGGACGGGCUGUUUUUGGUUUCAAGUGACCCUUAUUCGAAGAAAGUGUGUAAUUUGCUGCGGCGGUUCCAGCCCGGUCGCGUGGUGUUGACGCCCAAUGUGGUUGAGUUUGGGCGUAUCACGAAGCGUCUGGGCUGUAAGACCGGCGCAGACGUGGCGCGUGAAUUGCAGUGCAUCGUGGUGCAGAAGGGCACGCACGACACGAUUUGGCAUCGUGAGGGCUCGCUCAAGUGCGCGAGCGAAGGCAGUAACAAGCGUGUUGGUGGUCAGGGCGACACAUUAACGGGCGCGAUCGCCGCAAUGCUUGCGUUUUCGCGCGCGACCCAUGAUUUCGAAAUCUGGAAACCGCCACAGAAGCUCGAAUGGGAACAAAUGGUCGUCUUGAGUUGUUACGUUGGGUGUGCUACAACACGCGAAUGUGCCCGACUCGCGUACGCGAGCGCAAAACGUGCCAUGCAAACUACAGACCUGAAUAACCAGGUGGGUCGCGCGUAUACCAAUUUGCUCGGAGACCCCGAGAACGACCGAGACGACGAGUCGCGUCUGUGA